AUGUUUGAUGAAAUCUCUCAAGGAGAGCACAUUUCAUUAUUUCUUGAAUCUUCCUCAAGGGUGGAGGGGAGAUGUGUUUGAAGUCCGAGGGGUCUUUCAUCAAUUCAGAAAAGGUGGAGGACAGCUAAGCACAUGCUUAUACUGACGUCCCCAUAGUGUCGAACUCCUGGCGGUUCUGCCACUCGUCUUUGUUGAAGUAAAUAUGUGUCAAAGUCAAGAGUCAGCCUAGAAAUCUUACUAUCUGUAUGUGACCCAAGUUUUCCAUCAUUCUAAUUUUGUUUCUUGUUUAAACUGCAAUUGCUGAACCACUUUGGUGCUAGCAAAUGGCAAUGGCUUUUACUGGAUGGUUGCUUUUGCUUUCCUUACUGUUUCUCCAACCAGUUUCUGUGUUGUCCCAAACUAAUGGUAGCAUAGUAGUCGGUGAUUCUCUCUCUGCAGCAGGCAACUCCUCAUGGAUUUCUCCAUCUGGUGAAUUUGCUUUUGGAUUUCAGCAAGUUGAAAACAGUGAUAGUUUCCUGCUUUCUAUAUGGUUUGCCAAGAUACCAGACAGAACCAUAGUUUGGUACGCAAAUGGAGAUACGCCUGCACCUAAGGAAUCAAUUGUGAACUUGACUUCCAGCAGUGGAUUAGUGCUGACAACUCCUCAGGGUGAACAGCUAUGGAAAUCUGAUCUAACCAUUGCUGGCUUUGUUGCUCAUGGGGUUAUGAAUGAUGCCGGUAACUUUGUGCUGGAAAAUGAGAAGUCAGAAAAGUUAUGGGAGACGUUCAAGAAUCCUACUGAUACCAUGUUGCCUGGGCAAAUAUUAGAAAAAGGAGGGAUACUUUCUUCUCGACAAUCAGAGACUAACUAUGCGAGAGGACGCUUUCAGAUAGAUUUUCAAGACGAUGGGAAUCUUGUGUUUAGUGCCGAAAAACCUUUUUAUUCUACUGAAACUACCAAGGGGACUGUUCCAGAUAGUGAAGGUAAACAUCUGGUUUUCAAUGAGUCAGGCAACUUCUAUAUUCCGCGAGUGAAUGGUAGAUAUUAUAAGUUCACAGAGGAGGAACGCCCAGCAUGGGACUACUAUCUCCGGUCAACUCUCAACUUUGAUGGGGUUUUGGCUCAAUAUUUCCUCCCAAAGCCUUAUGUUGGCAAUGUAAGCUGGAAACCUCUUUGGUCAGAGCCACCUAAUAUUUGCCAAAAAGUUCGUUCAGGACCCAGUGUCUGUGGGGACAACAGUAUCUGCACUUUGAAAGCAGAUAAGAGGCCAACCUGUGAAUGCCCAAGAGGAUACUCUUUACUUGAUCCAAACGACCCGUACGGGACCUGCAAUCCAGAUUUCAGACAAGACUGUGACAAUGAGCUUAGUUAUUCAAAAGAUCUGUUUGAUGUUCAGGUGCUAACAAAUACUGAUUGGAAUACCUCUGGUUAUGAGCACUUGUAUGCUUCUACUGCUGACACAUGCAGUCAAUCUUGCUUCCAAGAUUGUUUGUGUGAUGUUGCUAGUUAUAGCAAUGAAACCUGUUGGAAAAAGAAGUUACCUCUCAAAUAUGGGAGAGAAGACAGUAGUCUUAAUGCAAAGACCUUCAUCAAAUUCAGGAAGGAUAAUUCAACUCCACAAGUUCCUAAGAUGCCAGGUUCAGAUAAUAAGAAGAAGAUCCGGACCACUUCGGUGCCUGUGGAAUCAAUUCUUCUGUUUACCUCCAUCUCUCUUAAUUUUAUGUUUGGUGCUGCAGUUUGUUUCAGAUUUUUCUUCCGUCUCCAGAAGAAACCUGCAAAGUUUACACAUAGUGAUUUGGAAACAAAUUUGCGUUCGUUUAGUCACAAAGAGCUUGAAGAAGCUACAAAUGGAUUCAAUGAAGAAUUAGGAAAGGGUUCUUUUGGAGUUGUUUACAAAGGGAUAAUACAAGUUGGAUCAGGUGUCGAGGUGGCAGUCAAGAAGCUCAAACGUGUGAUAGAAGAUGGUGACAAGGAAUUCAAGACGGAACUUAACAUAAUUGGCAAGACACAUCACAAGAAUCUGGUUCACCUGGUUGGAUAUUGUGAUGAGGGACAGCAGCGAUUACUAGUGUAUGAAUUCUUGAGCAAUGGCACGUUAGCAAGCUUCAUUUUUGGUGAUGAGAAACCCAGUUGGAGGCAACGAAUGGAAAUUGCCUAUGGUGUUGCUAGAGGGCUUCUGUACUUGCAUGAAGAGUGCACCACCCAAAUCAUCCAUUGUGAUAUAAAGCCUCAGAACAUACUUCUGGAUGAUCAUUGCAAUGCCCGGAUCUCUGAUUUUGGCUUGGCAAAACUUAUGAUGACGAAUCAGAGCAAGACGCACACUACCAUUAAAGGGACAAAAGGGUAUGUUGCACCUGAGUGGUUUAGGAACAUGGCAAUCACUACCAAAGUUGAUGUGUAUAGCUUUGGCGUUGUACUGCUAGAGAUCAUUUGCUGCAGGAAAAGUGUUGAUAUGGAAAACAACUGUGAAGAGAAAGCAAUUUUAACUGAUUGGGUUUAUGAUUGCUAUCAAGGAGGAGUAUUAGAGUUGGUUCUAGAUCACGAAGUCGAUGCCUUGGAUGGUAAAAUAAAGCUGAAAGAGACUGUCAAGAUUGCUCUUUGGUGUAUUCAAGAAGAUCCAUCUCUUCGACCCGCAAUGGGGAAGGUUGUGCAGAUGCUUGAAGGAGUAGUGGAAAUACAUGUUCCACCAUGUCCAUCCCCAUAUAACAGAGCAACCUGAAACCUAUUUGGUUUGCGUCGCUAUCAAAAAUUUACAGCAAGUACGAGCUAGAGCUUAUUGUGCUUAUUUAUCUUGUUUUUGAUUAUGUAAGUUGUACUUUUCUUUGUCUUUAAUUGAUGAUAAUCAUGAGACAUCACUAUGAUUCAUUAAG